AUGGCGUCAAAUCAAUUCAUCAUUGCGUCGCCGCCCACGGAUGCUAUCUCCGCAUUGAAGUUCUCUCCCGCCCCCGAUUCUACGCGAUUCGUUGUAUCUUCGUGGGAUAAGCAUGUGUAUGUCUACGACUUGCGGGACGAGAACGGCACGGCCGGAGAAGGGAAGCUGUUACGAAAGUUCGAGCAUCGUGCGCCGGUCCUGGAUGUGUGUUUCGGCGAAACCGAGGACGAGAUCUAUACCGCUGGCCUUGACUGGGAUGUGAGGAGCAGCCACGAUGCUGGCGUCCGAAAUGUCGUUUAUAACAAGGAAAACAACAUGGUCAUAUCCUCCUCCUGGGACAACACAUUACAUGUGCAUCGCAUGAGUGAGGAUAGGAGUGCUGUCGCCGCAUCUACAAUAAUCCCCCUCCCAUCCAGGCCUUUCUCUAUGUCUCUCACAGCAACGAAGCUUGUCGUCGGCAUGGCGUCGCGCGCCUUACAUAUCUACGACUUAAAAGCACUCGCGAUCCUCACAGGGGAAUCCGAGGGUGGAAACCCCAGCAAAGUUGAGGUGGAGCCAUGGCAGCGCCGUGAAAGCAGCUUGAAGUUUAUGACGCGCUGUGUUGCUUGUAUGCCGGACGACGCUGGCUAUGCCUCCUCGAGCAUUGAAGGACGGGUUGCGGUUGAAUGGUUUGAUCCGUCAGCAGAGUCACAAGCACGGAAGUACGCUUUCAAAUGUCACCGACAGGCGUCGGGUGAUGUCGACGUGGUGUAUCCGGUUAAUUCGCUAGCGUUCCAUCCAAUCCAUGGGACAUUCGCAUCUGGAGGAGGUGAUGGUGUGGUUGCUCUCUGGGAUGGUAUUGCGAAGAGGAGGAUCAGACAGUACCAAAAAUACCCCUCAAGUGUAGCUGCUGUGGGGUUUAGCUCCGACGGUAAAUAUCUUGCAAUUGCUAUCAGCCCCGGUUAUGAAGAUGGAAAGGAGGACUUUGUCGACGGCACGGUCAAAAUCUACGUGCGUGAACUUGGAGAAACGGAAGCAAAGGGAAAAGGCGCGAAAUAA